AUGGCCACCAAUGGAGCAUCUACCACAUCUCAACAACUAAUUCCCAUCUUUAAUGGGGAUAAAUACGAAUUUUGGAGCAUAAAGAUGAAUACUUUGUUCAAGUCUCAAGAAUUGUGGGAUUUGGUGGAGAAGGGCUAUGCUGAGGAAGAUGAAGCAAGAGGGUUGCGGGAGAACAAAAAGAAGGAUUCCAAGGCUCUGUGUUACAUCCAGCAAAUGAUGCAUGACUCAAUUUUUUCCAAAAUUGCUAUUGCAGAAACCUCAAAGCAGGCGUGGGAUAUUCUGAAAAAAGAGUUACACGGCUCGACAAAGGUAAUGACUGUUAAACUCCAAUCACUCCGACGUGAUUUUAAAAAUUCAUCCAUGAAAAGUAGUGAAUCUGUGCAAGGCUACUUAUCUCGGGUGAGUGCAAUUUUUAAUCAUAUGAAGGCAUACGGUGACAAAUGGGGCACAAGGAAGCUGAUUGCUGGACUAAACAGAAGGAUGAACAACAGCAUGCCAAUUUCACUGAGCAACAACAAGAAUAAGGAACUUGAUGAAUCAGAGAAGUCAGAAGUUUGUAUUGGAAAUGACAAGGCAAUGACAGUCUACGAUAAAGGCACAAUCGCUCUAAAACCUUCUCAUGGUAAUGUCAAAUGUCUCCAUGAUGUGCAGUAUGUUCCUUGUUUGGACUAUAACUUGUUGAGUGUUGGGAAACUGAUGAAUUGUGGAUAUUCUAUUUUGUUUGAUGACAAUUCCUGUAGCAUUCAAAAUAAAAAUUCAGGACACAAAAUUGUUGACAUUCAAAUGACUCAAAAUAGAAUGUUUCCUCUUGAAGUUUCUGAUGUUAAAAGUUUUGCAUUAAUUACCAAAGGCAAUACAGAAGGUAAUUUAUGGCAUUUGCGGUAUGGUCACUUGAAUGUAAAGGGGUUACAAUUAUUAGAUCGUAGAAAUGAGGUUCUUGAUUUGCCUAGAAUUUAUGCUGGAUGUAUGUAUGGGAAGCAAAAUAGAAAUUCAUUUCUUGUAGGUAAGUCUUGGAGAGCAUCUGUUUGUCUUGAAUUGGUGCAUGCUGAUCUAUGUGGUCCUAUGAGUGUUGAGUCCUUAGGUGGAAGUCGAUAUUUUCUACUUUUUACGGAUGAUUAUAGUCGAAUGAGUUGGGAAACCGGUAUUCACAGAGAGCUCACAGCACCAUAUACUCCGGAGCAAAAUGGUGUUGCCGAACAAAAGAAUCGGGCAGUCGUUGAAAUGGGUAGAAGCAUGAUGCAAGCUAGAGGUGUACCAAAAUAUUUUUGGGCUGAAGUUGUUGUUACUGUUGUCUACAUGCUGAACAUUUCACCCACCAAGGUUGUUCUUAAUCAAACACCAUAUGAAGCAAGGAGAGGUAACAAGCCCAAGAUGCUUACAGCGAGGGGUUUGUUUGCUGGUUUGACGUCGGAGGAUCUACAUGCUCACGUAGCCAAGCUGAGGAGUGUUUGCAAAAUUUGUGUGGGUCGACCGGACUUAGACAUGGAUGUCAUUGGAUUAAGAGUAUUCCCUCUAUCAUUGACCGACGAUGUUGCUAGCACUAGAAAGUUAGAUACUGGGAGAAACACAUUUCCAGUCCAAGCUGCAACUAAUCAAUCUGCUGAUGAUAUUCGUGAUAAAAUGGAUCAGAUCAGGAUAGAACUAGGGUUGGUCCUGAAGUAUGUGAGCGGAAGUGCAGAAAAGGUAAAUGUGGUCAAUUACUUGACCAAGACUCCAACACCAUCAGAGGAGGAAUAUUACUACGAGGAGGAUGCUUAUUUGGUGAAUGAUCAGACGGAGGGUUUCUGA